AUGGCCUUCCAGAACCCUUUCAUCCCCUGGAUCGGCCUCAACCCUUGGCCGUCCACCACCACUUCCCUGGCAAGCAUCCUAUCGACCCCCACCGCAACCAGCGCGAUAAUGCCUACCGAGACCACCGAGUUUCUCAAGGCCUGGGCCUACGACGAGCCGUCGGCCGUCGUCAAGUGGUUCAAGGGUGUCGCCGCCGGCGUCGCCGCCUCCCUACUCCUCGCCUCCCUGUGCUGCUGCUGGGCGCCCUGCGUCUAUUGGUACUACGGCGGCGAUUUCUCGCAGCGGGACGUCCUCGACGACAUGACGGACGCCAUGCUCCGCGGCCAGUUCGUUCCCGAGGGCGGCUGGGGCCUCUGGUUCCGCGGUCGCGGCGCACCCGACAACGAGGGCGUCGGCGUUGCCGCGGGUGACGCCCGCGGUUACGAGCGGAAUCCUGACAUGACGACCGCGCGCAACCGCAACGAGCGCCGCGCCAUGGGCCGCCGUGCUCGCCGCCGCGGCCGCCAGGACUGA